GCGCCCUCCGGCGGCCGUGCGCUCAACCCCACUAGGCGGUUCUUGAACAGCCCGAGGGGGCGGCGGGCCGCAGUAGCCCUCUGAGCUGCUUUCCCUGGCACCCGCUCCGGGGCCGCAGCGGAUGGGCGGCCGCGGGCCGCGGGGCGACAGUCGGGGAACUGGUGCGAGCCGGGACCGGGAGGGGCGGACGCGCAAAGGGGCCGCGGGGCGGCCGGGCGGGGCGCGGGCCGGCGGUUUGGGAGGGUGCCCCGCGUCCGAGAGGUGAGCCGGGCCCUAACGCUACGCGGGUUCCGCGUCGCCCCUGCCGCGCCAUGGCGGAGACCAAAAUCAUCUACCACAUGGACGAGGAGGAGACGCCGUACCUGGUUAAGCUGCCUGUAGCUCCUGAGCGCGUCACGCUGGCAGACUUCAAGAACGUGCUCAGCAACCGGCCGGUGCACGCCUACAAAUUCUUCUUCAAGUCUAUGGACCAGGACUUCGGGGUGGUGAAGGAGGAGAUCUUCGAUGACAAUGCCAAGUUGCCCUGCUUCAAUGGCCGGGUGGUUUCCUGGCUGGUCCUGGCUGAGGGUGCUCACUCGGAUGCAGGGUCCCAGGGCACUGACAGCCACACAGACUUGCCCCCACCCCUUGAGAGGACAGGCGGCAUUGGAGACUCCAGGCCCCCCUCCUUCCAUCCAAAUGUUGCCAGUAGCCGGGACGGAAUGGACAAUGAGACAGGCACAGAGUCUAUGGUCAGUCACCGGCGGGAGAGAGCCCGACGUCGAAACCGCGAUGAGGCUGCCCGGACCAAUGGGCACCCCAGAGGGGACCGGCGGCGGGAACUGGGACUACCUCCAGACAGCACAUCCACUCUACUGAGCAGUGAGCUUGAAUCCAGCAGCUUUAUUGACUCAGAUGAGGAGGACAACACAAGCCGGCUGAGCAGCUCUACAGAGCAGAGCACCUCCUCUCGGCUAAUUCGUAAGCACAAAUGCCGUCGUCGGAAGCAGCGCUUGAGGCAGACAGACCGGGCAUCCUCCUUCAGCAGCAUCACAGACUCCACCAUGUCCCUGAACAUCAUCACCGUCACUCUCAACAUGGAGAGGCACCACUUCCUGGGCAUCAGCAUCGUGGGCCAGAGCAACGACCGGGGUGAUGGCGGCAUCUACAUCGGAUCCAUCAUGAAGGGCGGGGCUGUGGCUGCUGAUGGCCGCAUUGAGCCAGGCGACAUGUUGCUGCAGGUGAAUGAUGUCAACUUUGAGAACAUGAGCAAUGAUGAUGCUGUGCGGGUGCUUCGGGAGAUUGUAUCCCAGACAGGGCCCAUCAGUCUCACAGUGGCCAAGUGCUGGGAUCCAACCCCUCGGAGCUACUUCACCAUCCCAAGGGCUGACCCAGUGCGACCCAUCGACCCGGCUGCCUGGCUGUCCCACACAGCGGCACUGACGGGUGCUCUGCCCCGCUAUGGUACGAGUCCCUGCUCCAGUGCCAUCACACGCACCAGCUCUUCCUCACUAACCAGCUCAGUGCCUGGCGCCCCACAGCUUGAGGAGGCACCGCUGACUGUGAAGAGUGACAUGAGUGCCAUUGUCCGCGUCAUGCAGUUGCCAGACUCAGGACUAGAGAUCCGGGACCGCAUGUGGCUUAAGAUCACCAUUGCCAAUGCUGUCAUUGGGGCGGAUGUGGUGGACUGGCUGUACACACACGUGGAGGGCUUCAAGGAGCGAAGGGAGGCGAGGAAGUAUGCCAGCAGUAUGCUGAAGCAUGGUUUCCUGAGGCACACAGUGAACAAGAUCACCUUCUCUGAGCAAUGCUACUAUGUCUUUGGUGACCUGUGCAGUAACCUCGCAUCCCUGAACCUCAACAGUGGUUCCAGUGGAACCUCAGAUCAGGACACACUGGCCCCACUGCCCCACCCAUCUGUACCCUGGCCCUUGGGUCAAGGCUACCCCUACCAGUACCCAGGACCCCCACCCUGCUUCCCACCUGCUUACCAGGACCCUGGCUUCAACUAUGGCAGUGGCAGUGCUGGGAGUCAGCAGAGUGAAGGGAGCAAGAGCAGUGGGUCCACAAGGAGCAGCCAUCGGACCCCAGGCCGAGAAGAGCGCCGGGCAACUGGAGCUGGGGGUAGUGGCAGUGAAUCAGACCACACAGUACCAAGUGGGUCUGGUAGCACCGGCUGGUGGGAGCGGCCUGUCAGCCAACUUAGCCGUGGCAGUAGCCCUCGAAGUCAGGCUUCGGCUGUUGCCCCAGGGCUCCCCCCACUGCACCCCCUUACAAAGGCCUAUGCAGUAGUGGGUGGGCCACCUGGAGGGCCACCUGUCCGGGAGCUGGCUGCUGUUCCUCCAGAACUUACAGGUAGUCGCCAGUCCUUCCAAAAGGCCAUGGGAAACCCCUGUGAGUUCUUUGUGGACAUCAUGUGAUGAUCAACCAGUGUCUUCAGUGCUGCCUGUGGCAAGAGUCUGUGUUCCUGUGCCAGGAGCUCUAUGGGCUUGCCUUCAUGGUGGCCAGCCAGAAUAGAUCAGCUGUGGGGUCUGGGCCAGGGCAGAGGGAGCAGGCUACAGAGCAGGGGCUGAGGGCAGCCAUACCACCAGGAUAUUGGCUUGACAUUUUGUCUGCUCUUGGGGCUGCUGAUGGUGGUGCAGCUCAAGUAUCUAUAGUGUCUCGUAAGGAGACAUCUCGGUCUUUAUGUCCUCAGCACAAGUCUCAGGGACCACCCCCUGGUUCCCUUUUUUGGAAGUGGCCUCAAUUUAGGACAAGAAAGGCUCUCUUAGACUCUGUUACCCUUUUCCCCAAAGUCUCACAGAACUGUGCACAGGGGCACAGGCUGACCAUCACUAAGUUUAUGGGCUUCACCUAUCAGGUCAAGGUGGGGUUCUUGAGGGCUUAGACAUAGCCCUCAAACCUCUCUGGCUGCCCAGGUGGGGUCUAACUUAUUUAUUUAUUGCUAGCCUGCCUGCUCUAAGGGUGGGAGCUGAUUACCCAGUAGGGGCAGUUUGCAUGCCCCUUUUCCCCACCUGCUACUUGGCACAUGACAACACAGUUUGAGCUGAAGGUAUGUGGAGGAUGGCUAGUAGGGGAGACAGGAGAGACCUGGCAACUGUCUACUGUCUUAGUCUCAAUGGUGGGUGAUAGUGAACACAAGAGCUGCAGAGGUGGCGUCCUGUCUUAUCACUGUUCUGGUGGCUGCCUAUCAGCAUGUGCCACUGCCAUCCCGGCACAGCAGCCCCAACCACCUACACUAGACACUGUGUCAAAGUCUGAACGACUGGGUAGUUCACAUAGAGCUGCUUCUGUGUAAAUGCUGCUUCUGUGUAAAUGCUAUUUUAAACACUAAAAAAGCGUUUAAUUUUAUGGGA